AUGACUUCUGCCCUGUAUGGAACAGAAGAGCGGGGAGGGACACCUUUCCAAGCCCAGGAGCCGCACCCACUGAGCCCUCCCGCCCCGAGCACGUGCUCCACAGCAGAGAAACCAUCGCUGCGGGCAGGCGGCUCCUGGCAAAGGACGUGCCCCGCUCACGACGAGAGCGGGCCCACACGCAGCAACACAGGCCAGAGCCGCCAACAAAUGAACGAUGCGCUGCAGAAAGACUCUGACCUUACGGGGUGCAAGCCCUGCUCCCUGCCCCGCACCGGCUGUUCUCUCACACUCACCUGUGUGUUCCGACCUCCAUCCUGUUUCACCUCUCCAGACACAGCGGAUGGCUCCGGCCACGGCGACGCAGUCUCAGCCAUCCCCGGCUCGUCCCGCCCUGGCUCCCGCGAGGAAACUGACAAAGAAAAGUGA